AGCGCUCCUUUCCGGUGUCGGGGCACAGUUGAAGAAGCGACCGAGGGACUGGGAGUCGUUAGUGAGAGUUUCACUCUUGUUGCCCAGGCUGGAGUGCAAUGGUGCGAUCUUGGCUCAUCACGACCUCCGCCUCCCGGGUUCAAGUGAUUGUCCCGUUUCAGCCUCCCGAGUAGCUGGGAUUACAGGAUGACGCGGCAUGGCAAGAACUGCACCGCGGGGGCCGUCUACACCUACCACGAGAAGAAGAAGGACACAGCGGCCUCGGGCUAUGGGACCCAGAACAUUCGACUGAGCCGGGAUGCCGUGAAGGACUUCGACUGCUGUUGUCUCUCCCUGCAGCCUUGCCACGAUCCUGUUGUCACCCCAGAUGGCUACCUGUAUGAGCGUGAGGCCAUCCUGGAGUACAUUCUGCACCAGAAGAAGGAGAUUGCCCGGCAGAUGAAGGCCUACGAGAAGCAGCGGGGCACCCGGCGCGAGGAGCAGAAGGAACUUCAGCGGGCGGCCUCGCAGGACCAUGUGCGGGGCUUCCUGGAGAAGGAGUCGGCCAUCGUGAGCCGGCCCCUCAACCCUUUCACAGCCAAGGCCCUCUCGGGCACCAGCCCAGGUGACUCAGAUGAUGUCCAACCUGGGCCCAGUGUGGGUCCUCCAAGUAAGGACAAGGACAAAGUGCUGCCCAGCUUCUGGAUCCCGUCGCUGACGCCCGAAGCCAAGGCCACCAAGCUGGAGAAGCCGUCCCGCACGGUGACCUGCCCCAUGUCAGGGAAGCCCCUGCGCAUGUCGGACCUGACGCCCGUGCACUUCACACCGCUAGACAGCUCCGUGGACCGCGUGGGGCUCAUCACGCGCAGCGAGCGCUACGUGUGCGCCGUGACCCGCGACAGCCUGAGCAACGCCACCCCCUGCGCUGUGCUGCGGCCCUCUGGGGCUGUGGUCACCCUCGAAUGCGUGGAGAAGCUGAUUCGGAAGGACAUGGUGGACCCUGUGACUGGAGACAAACUCACAGACCGCGACAUCAUCGUGCUGCAGCGGGGCGGUACCGGCUUCGCGGGCUCCGGAGUGAAGCUGCAAGCGGAGAAAUCGCGGCCGGUGAUGCAGGCCUGAGUGUGUGCAGGAGACCAAAUAAACCGGCUUGGGUGCGCAA